AUGUUGCCCAGAAUUGUCAUUUCCUCAAACAGUGAGUUUACUGAUGAGGACGGAAACACAAUUGUGUUACGAGGGGUUAAUUUCGAUCCUGUUGUCAAGAUACCGUCAUCCCCUUACGAACCAACUUAUCAAGCGAUCGAUGAUUUAAAGCAGCACUUGCAGAAAACUUCGGAUGUGAGUUUCAUUGGUCACCCAAUUUCUUUAAAAGAUGUCGCUGAACAUAUCACGAGAUUGAAAUCCUUAGGUUACAACUGUAUAAGAGUGCCUUUUACGUGGGAGUCCAUUGAACACAGAGGGCCAGGCGAAUACGACUAUGAUUAUAUGGAUUAUCUAAUCGAGCUCUUUUUGAAGAUCCAAGAAAUCGGUGGUAUGUACAUUUAUUUGGAUCCACAUCAGGAUGUCUGGUCAAGAUUCUGUGGAGGUUCUGGUGCACCUUUAUGGACGCUAUAUUGCGCUGGGUUCAAUCCGAUGUAUUUCAGAGAAACGGAGGCUUCCAUUCUGCACAAUUAUUAUGAUAAUGUUGAAAACCCAAGUAGUUAUCCAAAGAUGUUAUGGCCAACCAAUUAUUAUAGGUUAGCUUGUCAAACAAUGUUCACGUUAUUUUUUGCUGGGAACGAGUUCGCCCCAAAAUGUUGUCUGAAUGGAGUCAACAUUCAAGACUAUUUACAGGACAAAUUCAUCGAAUGCGUCAUGACGUUUUGCGCAAGAAUUAAACAGAAAACCCCACAAUUAUUUGAACAGAACUGUAUUAUUGGUUUAGAGAGCAUAAACGAACCUAAUAGAGGGUUUCUUGGUGACAAGAACUUGGGAGUUAUAUCUACAGAGAGAAAUCUGAAGCGUGGAACAACGCCGACAGGUUUUCAAUCUUUCGUACUAGGUGAAGGCUUUGCAACGCUAGUUGAUGAAUAUGACAUAACAAUAUUUGGCCCUGCUAAAAAGGGAACGAAGCAGGUGGAACCUGAGGGGAAAAGCUGCUGGUUGAGCCAGAAUGAUAGAGAUGAGAUAGACAGUCUUUACGGUUGGAAUAGAGAUGCCAACUGGAUUGCCGGACAGUGUAUUUGGAGAUUGCAUGGGGUAUGGGAGAUUUCCUCGAAGGAUGGCUCUCCAACACUCAUCAAAAGCGACUAUUUUGCUUUUACCAAAGACGGAAAAAAUCGGGAACUGAACCAUGAAUAUUUCAUCAAUCAUCAUUUUAUUGAUUACUACAGAAAAUAUUAUGAAAGGUUUAGAGCGAUAGAUAACAAUUUAUUGAUAUUUUUGCAACCACCUGUCUUUCAACCCCCACCGAAACUUAAAGAUUCCGAGUUAUUGGACGGGAGAACAGUUUACGCUUGUCACUUUUAUGAUGGAUUGUCACUGAUGUUCAAAACAUGGAACAGAAAAUUCAACGUUGACACUCUAGGUAUUGUACGCGGCAGAUACUUGAACCCAGUGUUUAGUGUUGUAUUAGGUGAACAGAAAAUUCGUAAGUGUUUGAGAAGACAAUUGAAAGAGAUGAAAGAAGAAGUCAAAAGUGCUCUCGAUAUUCCCGUUUUCUUUACUGAAAUUGGUAUGCCAUUUGACAUGGAUGACAAAAAAGCAUACGAAAACAAGGAUUACUCAUCACAAAUCUCGGCUUUGGAUGCCUUACAAUACGCCUUGGAGGGAGAAAAUAUUUCUUACAGCCUAUGGUGCUACUGUUCUAAAAACUCUCAUCGAUGGGGGGAUCAGUGGAACAAUGAAGAUUUUUCAAUAUGGUCUUCUGAUGACAAAACUCAUGAUCACGUUAAAGAUAUUUAUGCUCCAGAUACAGAUGUUUCGAAGUUUAUUCCUUUAAUUUCAAAUACAGAAAUAGAAUCGCAACCAUGCGUUAGUAAGGAUUUGCUAGAUCUUAAUGGAUUUCGUGCCCUAGAGGCUAUAUUAAGGCCAUUUCCAGUCAAGAUUCACGGAAAAUUUGUAAAUUCGGAAUUUGACUUAAUUUCAAAAACUUACACUUUGGAAAUUGGCGCUAAAUCAGAUUCUGAUCUUAAGCCGGACUCUGCUACACACAUUUUUUUGCCUAGAAUUCAUUUCCCAUUAAAAGACGUCGCUAUUCGGUCAUCAUCUGGAAGAUUUUCAUUUGAUUCUGAAUACCAGGUCCUGAAAUGGUAUCACGCCGCAGGUACCCAAAACAUCACCAUUUCUCUCAUAGAUGACAGUUCGUCACACGAGAUAAGCCCAGAUUGUAUAAUUUCCUGA